AGAACAAUAUAAAAUGGAGUUUGUACGAGGCUUGUUAGAUUUGAGGUUUGCAGUUAGUCAAAAAUGGGGAAGAAGAAGAAGAGCGAAAACCAAAACCCUAAACCCAAAGAAAAAGAAGAACUGCUAUCAACUUUAGAAGACUUCACGAAGAAAGAGAAUUGGGACAAAUUCUUCACCCUUCGAGGCUCCGAUGAUUCCUUCGAGUGGUAUGCUGAGUGGCCUCAGCUUAAGCCUUCUCUACUGCCUCUCCUCUCUUCAAAUUCGCACAUUCUUGUCCCAGGUUGCGGCAACUCACGACUCUCCGAACAUCUCUACGAUGCCGGAUUUCACGAUAUCACCAACCUUGAUUUCUCCAAGGUUGUCAUCUCCGACAUGCUUCGUAGAAAUGUCAGAGAUCGUCCUCUAAUGCGAUGGCGUGUCAUGGACAUCACUUCUAUUCAGUUUGCAGAUAGGACAUUUGAUGUGGUCCUGGAUAAGGGAGGAUUGGAUGCAUUGAUGGAGCCUGAGUUUGGUUCUAAGCUUGGAGAUCAAUAUUUAUCAGAGGUGAAGCGGGUGUUAAAAACUGGAGGGAACUUUGUUUGUCUCACAUUGGCAGAGAGUCACGUCUUAGGAUUACUAUUUCCCAAGUUUAGGUUUGGCUGGGAAAUGACUAUUCAUUGCAUACCUCAGAAACCUUCGAGUAAGCCUAGUCUCAACACAUUCAUGGUGGUCGCUGUUAAAGGAGAUUCUUCUGCAGUGGACCCGAUACGAUUAUCUUUUGAUGAUUCCUCCAUAGAUUGCAACUCAGAACAGGGGCGAGGAUUCCGUUCUGCACUUCAAACUGAAAAAGAAAUCCGCAAUAACUAUUUGGCUGGUUCUGAUACUAUAUACUCUCUCGAAGAUCUGAAAUUAGGGGCUAAAGGGGAUCUAAUGGAGCUUAGCCCUGGUCGACGAGUCCAAUUAACAUUGGGCGGAGACGAAGGCUCCCUUUUCCGGUACAGAGCUGUCGUUUUAGAUGCUCAACCAGAGUCUCCCAACUUCUCGUACCAUUGUGCAGUUUUCCUUGUGCCUAAGACUAGGGUCCAUGAAUGGCUGUUCUCCUCAGAAGAAGGACAAUGGAUGGUGGUUGAAAGUGCAAAGACUGCCCGGCUGAUCAUAAUUAUGUUGGACUCCAGUCAUGCUGAUAUCAGAAUGGAAGAGAUUCAGAAAGAUCUUUCACCUCUUGUGAAGAUGUUGGAACCUGCGAAACAUGAUAGUGGGGCUCUAAUUCCGUUUAUGACAGCUGGUGAUGGAAUCAAGCACCGGAAAAUAGUUCACCAGGUCACAUCUGAAUUUACUGGGCCAAUGAUCGUUGAGGAUGUAAUUUAUGAAAACAUCGAAGAGCAUCUUGUUGCUAUUUCUCCCUUGAAAGAGCCUGUUUUCCGCCGCCUGACCUUUCAAAGGACCGAGGGCCUAGUUCAAUCGGAAGCAUUGCUCAUUAGUAAAAGAUCUGAGACACAUGCUGAUGAAAGUGGAGGCAUCGAAUCUAUUACAACUGUCAAGUCUAAGAAAAAAGAAAAACAGAAAGCAAAGCAAUCUGAACAGUCUAUAAUUAAUGAGCUGAGCGACAGUGUGAAAGUUGAUCACACCUUUGUAGCUAGCUCAUAUCACACUGGAAUUGUUGCUGGGUUUACGCUGAUAUUAUCGUACUUGGAGAGUAUGGCAUCUAGUGGGGGAAAAGUUGAGACUGUUGUAAUUGGUCUUGGAGCUGGUCUGCUCCCAAUGUUUCUCCACAGCUGUAUGCACUUUCUACAAGUGGAGGCAGUUGAAUUGGAUCCGGUGGUGUUAAGACUUGCAAAGGAAUACUUUGAUUUUUCUGAAGAUGAUCGUUUGAAGGUUCACCUUGCUGAUGGGAUUCAGUUUCUCAAAAAUCUUACCAAUUCUAGUCUCCAGAAAAUAGCUAAUGGUGAAUCAGAAGAGACUAUAGGUGAUGGAAGUUUUGUUGCAUCUAGUGGGAGUCACCUACCUAUCCGGAAACUUGACAUAAUCGUAGUUGAUGUAGACUCGUCAGAUUCGAGCUCUGGACUAUCUUGCCCUGCUGCUGAUUUCGUAGAGGAUUCUUUCUUUGCAACUGUAAAGGAUGUCCUCUCUGAGCAGGGCCUUUUCAUCAUUAAUCUGGUAUCAAGAUCUCCAUCCAUAAAGGAAAUGGUUAUUUCAAGGAUGAGAACGGUUUUCAGCCAUCUUUACAGUCUUCAACUUGAGGAAGAUGUGAAUGAAGUUCUCUUUGCCGUUCACUCGAAUAUGACUGUUACGGAGCAAAACAUUUCUGAAGCUGCAACACAGCUUCAGAAGUUGUUGAAAUUAGAAAAUCCAGAGAGAAGGCAAAGCAUUGCGAAUAUGGCUACGAAAAUCAGGUGCCUAAAGUGAAACUUCGCUCAACAAAGAACCUUAUUGAUGGAAGUAACUUAUCAACAUUUGGUGAAAUUAUGAUCUCUUUGCGAGUCAGAGUGAGUUGAAUAUGACAUCACCAAUCACUGACUAGAUGAUGCAUCAGAGGAAGGAGUGGUUUGGCUUAUGCUGAUGCAUGAUGUUAUGGAUUGCUAUCUGGCUUCAAGUGGGAAUAUGUAGAUGUCCGAUCAGUAUCAAUCCAAUGGAGUUUAUAAUGCAUUGAGCUGCAACUACAGUUCAAGAGGCUGAAAUUUGAACAAUUUAUCAGAAAGAAGCCAAAUGGAUGUGGUAUGCAUGUUAUAUUACACCAAUGUGUUUUUGAUAGGGAGACAGAAAACGGGCCCUUAAUAUGGAUGCGUAAUAGUGGUUUUGCUUGUAUAUGUUCAUGUGAUGAGAAUGUAGACUAUGUAGUAGUUUAGGUAGAUGCUAAAAUCUUUAUGAUUUCUUGUCACAGUUUCUUCUUAUAUCCCUUUUUGUUGAAUUAUGUAACAGAUUUGUGAGUUUACUUUUGAUAUCAUAACAGAUUGUUAGUUA